AUGGAUGAUGAUCCAUCUAAGAAACUGGUCGAGUUUUCCAGCAGAGACGAGUAUCUCAGCUCAAUGGAGGAGGACAGUGACGAUACCGAUUUGAGUUCGUUGGAGUCGAGCGAUUCGGCGUCGGAAAACACGGUAUCUGGGUCGGAGUCGCGCGAAGGGUCGCGAGAGUCAUCUGUUUCGUCAGACGGAUCCAAUUUCCACGAUGCGAGCGAGAUUAUCGAGGAUGUUCCGCCAUUGGCGUACGAUCGCUUAGAGAACAAACCCAGAAUAUUUCAGGGAAAUAUCAACUAUCUGAGAUUCUACCAAGCAGAAAAGCGCAGAUUUACAUCGUUUACGAGUUCUUUUGGAACAUCCAACCUUGUGGGAACGUCUAUAUCCGCUUCCGGGUUCAGAUAUCGCCAUAGAAACAUAAACAACAAGGCCGGGUCGUACUGGUCGGCGGAAGAGAAAGAUACGUUUUUCGAGCUUCUGGCGCGAUACUCGAUCCAUAGAGCCGACCUGAUCCACGAAAACCUGCCAUCCAAAUCGAUUUCGUCUAUUUUGGGCUACUACAAGCUUCUGAAACGCGAAUUACAGCAGUACAAGCGGCAUAAACGACGACUUUUGAGACUCGUUUCGUACGACGAGAUCCCGGUCUGCCACGAGAUGAGUGAGGAGUUCAUCGAGAUGGAGGAGUCACAGGCCUUUUUGCUCAAGUCUGUUUCCAAUAUGCGCGACUCGGACUCCAAUUUCAGGUUCAAAAAGACACAUCCUGGACUGAACGACCAGGAUUUGGUAGACUACGAUCGCAUGAACGAGAUGUCCAACGCGGUUUUUGUGAACAAUGAGCUGCUGGACCCAGUGGACGGAAUGAAACGCAAGCUGUCCAAGCCGCUGGUUCUUGACGAGGAAUCUAAAUUUGUUCUACGUCAAAUUGUCAAGAAUAUGACCUACGAGAUCAUUCUGACCGUUCUGGAGAACAAAGUCGAGAACGAACAGGACAUGACGUUUGUGGAAGACGAUAUCUACCGUGCGCUGGCUCAGAUGAAGGUCUCGAGACCGAUUAAAUUAAAAGACUAUUGGUCGAAUAUUGGAUGGAGACUCGGACUGGACGUUGGACGAAAACUACCGUCUGGAACACAGAGACUUGACAAACUGACACCAUACGCUGUCAACGACCAGGACACGCCGCAGAAGUCAAUAGAGAGCAUUGUUGUUGAUCAGGACGGCGACCAGAUCGAGCAAGUGAUGGACGGAUCGAUGCCGUUUGAGAGCGCGAUUCUGAAACCAACGCCCGUCGAGUCGCUCGACGAUCGCACACCGCAUGUAGAGCAGGACGACCAGAUCCUGGACCAGCUCGCCGAACUCGAGUCUGCCCUGCUGGAAAGGAAAGACCGCGAGGAGUCGAUCAAGUACGAAAACCAGCUCCUGCACUAUUUGAGCUGUCGAGAAGAUCAAAUCAUGCUCAACGACGCGGAGCUGGUGAACAAGUACAUUGACGCCAAAUACCAAUCCCCUGAAACCAACUUGGAGCAACCGAACUUGCCCCAACAUGCCAAUAUCACCAACGAGAUGCUAUUUCUGCACACCUUUGAUUAUGCAACAUAUAAUGACACCGAUUGA